AUGGAUUCGUCAGCAGUGACUGAAUGGGGAUCGGUUGGUGAUUCUGAAAUAGAACUUAUGCUCAAAGAACACGAAAAUAGACGAAACCCAGAGCUGAAUGUCGGUACAGAGAACAAAGUUCAGAUUGCCUCUUCUCAGCCAGAAUCUAUAGACGCAACUCAGCAAGACGUGAAGCUCGAGUCUGCGUCACAAGACUGGGGAUCUAUGGAUGACUCGGAGUUUAUUUCCUUUGUAAACAAACUAAGUCAAAACUACGGUCUCCAUCAGCCGGUUAUUACUUCUCAGACUUCGACUGAUCAAGUGACAAAUGCAGAGGAGGACAAGAACAUCGGUGGCGAAAAAACUGAGAACGAGCCUAAUGAUGUGUACAUUAAUGGAGUCAAUUCUCUGGAUCCAGAAGAAGUCGAUCCAGGAAGUCAGGAACUGGAAUUUGGCGAUUAUGAGAGGUAUUUUCGCCACAAAACUCUAAAGCAGCAGCAGCAAGAUCAGGAAUACGUUGAGUUCACGAAAAAGGCACGUAAUCUGGAAUACCCUCCCAUUUUUCAAAAUUGUGUUAUCUACGUGAACGGGAAGACGGACCCUGACGUCCAGCAGUUACACAAACUUAUAAUUCUUCACGGUGGAAAGUUUAUUCACAUGCUUGGAGCAAAAGGUAAUGCUACUCAUAUAAUAGCUGAGAACCUUACGCCACAGAAGAAGCUGGAGUUCAAGAACUAUAAGGUGGUGACACCCAGAUGGAUUGUCGACAGCGUGGAAGCUGAAAAGCUCCAGCCCUGGGGAGACUACAUGCUUAUUCACAAUGACUAUGGUCAGCGCAGACUAGAUUUUAAGAUCGAAACUACAAAGGAGCAGGAAGAUGCAGAGAUUUCACAGUUAUCACAAGUGACAGAGCCAGAUGAUAACCUGCAUAAAAGAGAAGACAUCGACAUGCCUGACCAUAUGAAUUGCAAGCAUCCGAACUUUUUGCCGAACUUUUUUGCAAAUUCCAGGUUGCACCAUUUAAGUUCGUGGAAAGCAGAUUUGAAAUCACGUUUCUUGCAGCGCGCUAUCGGCAUACUUCAAAGUCGAGGCCAUAACUCCAGAGCAGCACACAAGAACGUCAUUUUGCAUGUUGAUUUUGAUUGCUUCUUUGCAACAGUUUCCGCCUUGACUUGCAAUCCUCCAAUAAACAUUAAUGAAGUUCCCGUUUGCGUCACUCAUGGAGGAAACACCUCAGACAUUGCGUCUUGUAACUAUGUUGCACGAAAAUAUGGUUGCAAAAACGGAAUGUGGUUGCGUUCUGCAAGACGGCUGUGUCCAAAUCUGGUUUGCCUCGAGUACAAUUUUGAUGAGUAUGAACGGAUUUCGAACAUAUUCUAUGAAAUUCUGCUUUCUUACGACAUCGACUCUGUUUUGCCCGUUUCGGUAGACGAGGCUCUCGUUGACAUAUCGAGUAUGAGUGCUUCACAGCAUCCACUGGAAAUAAUGAAAGAUAUUAAGAAGAAAGUUUACAACGCUACCAAAUGCUCUGUGAGUUGUGGAAGUGGACCUAAUGUAUUGCUAGCCAAACUUGCUCUCAGGAGAGCUAAACCGAAUGGCACAUUUUACCUCGAAGAGGAACAUAUCAUUGAUUUUCUGGACACUGUCAAAUUUUCUGAAUUACCGGGCAUAGGACCUCAAAUUUGUUCAAAGCUGGAAAAUGAAGUACAGAAAACUAACUUGAUGGUGGAGGACAUUCGCGAAAUACCCAAGGAAAAGCUUGCUUCUAUAUUUGGGCCCAAAACUGGUGUCACAAUUUACAACUAUGCUCGAGGACUGGAUGAUACCUGCAUUGAUAUUCUCAAGAACCCAGAAGCUCUUCAAAGAAAAUCGAUAUCAAUAGACGUAAAUUGGGGAAUCAGGUUUGACAGGGACGUGGAGGUAGAGAAAUUUCUCAGCGAUCUAGCCAAGGAAUUGAGUAAAAGACUCGCAAAUGUCCAAAUGGUAGGCUCCUCGGUCACCCUCAAGUUAGCUACUCGACACCCCGACGCUCCUAUAGAUCCACCAAAGUACCUUGGAAUGGGAGAAUGCGAGUUUGUGUCCAAGACUUCGAGACUCGGGCAUUUUACGCGCGAAGCUGGACUCUUGGGAAACGAAUUACGAUAUUUGUACCGAAUGCUCAAUGUCGCGGUCAAGGAGCUACGAGGAAUUUCAAUAUCGAUGAAUCGACUCUCUUUCGAGACCAGCAAAAAUGUCCAUGGGCUGGAUGCCGAUCAAAGGUUGCUGCCUCUAAAUUCAACUGCCAAAAAUUCAGGAACGAUUCCUGCCGCAAAAUCGCUGCGUGCUGAAAGCACCCCCAAAAAUAAAGCCAAUGCAAAGGAGUACAGAAUUUCGGAAAAUGAAAUCAACUGGGAAGUCUUCAAUGAACUACCAAUGGAAAUACAAGAUGAACUGAGACAUGAGCUGGGGAAAAGACAUUUGUCAAUCACCGGUUCUUUAUACCGCUCUCCUAAGAAGAGAAAACAAGAUUUCUUUAACGACACUAAAUCCCCGACCAGGAGGAAAGCUGUCAUGGACAAGAUACUGGUUGAUACAGAUUACGUUGACGCCAAAUCGCUACUUUCCUUCCAAAAAAUCCCCACCACCCAAUUCCAGGAAGUUUUGGACAAACUAAAGUUGUGGUUUGACCAUACGAUUCGAAACGACGGCCCCCACGAAAUGGAUCUAGACUUAUUUAAUGAGUUUAUGUUUAAUUUGUUCGAGAUUGGAGAAAUGAUAAAAUACGAUUCAAUUGUGCGCCUGUUCGAAGAAAAACUCAUUUUCUCCAAAUCUCAUCCGGCAUAUGAACAAUGGAAACGCAUAACCACUGAGCUACGAACAAUGUUUAAUGGAGUCAAGUAUGACGAUCUAGAGUUUAAUUUUUAG